AUGGAUCCGAUAAAGUAUAUAUUCGAAAAGCCUGCUGUUACUGGUAGAAUUGCCUGGUGGCAAAUGCUGCUAACCGAGUAUGAUAUACAGUACGUGACCCAGAAAGCUAUAAAAGGGAGUGUUCUGUCUGACUAUCUCGCUCACCUGCCUGUCGAAGGUUAUCAAACGUUGAGGUUUGACUUCCCAGACGAAGACAUCAUGUUUAUCAGAGACUUCACUAUGACAGGCUUCGAGGUAAGCCCUGAGGAAGGCCCCGAACCAGGAUCACGAUGGACGCUCAUGUUCGACGGUUCUUCCAAUGCCCGAAGUCAUAGUAUAGGUGUUGUCAUCACUUCUCCAACUGGUUUCCACCUCCCUUUUACCGCUAGAUUAUGUUUUGACUGCACUAACAACAUGGCAGAAUAUGAAGCAUGUAUCUACGGUUUAGAGGCGGCAAUCGACUUGAGAAUCAAGAUUCUUGAGGUAUUCAGUGAUUCAGCUCUGGUAAUCAGUCAGGUGAAAGGCGAUUGGGAGACUCGGGAUAGCAAGUUGAUACCUUAUAAAGAGCAUAUCCGAAAACUGAUGCCCUAUUUUGAUGAAAUCUCCUUUCACCAUAUUUUUAGGGAAGAAAAUCAGUUAGCAGACGCUCUAGCCACGCUGGCAUCUAUGUUCAAAGUCAAAUGGAAGAAUGAAGCACCAUCCAUCCAGAUUGACCACUUAGAUGAACCAACACAUUGUCUAGCAAUUGAGGCCGAUCCUGACGAUAAGCCUUGGUUGUAUGACAUCAAAACAUUUCUGGAGAAACAACAAUAUCCCGAGGGUAUAUCCAUCACCGAUAAGAAAGCUCUGAGAAUACUCUCUUCCAAGUUCUUCCUAAACGGUGAUGUACUAUACAAGAGGAAUUAUGAUUCCGUACUACUCAGAUGCAUGGAUAGACACGAAGCUAGUACAAUCAUAAAGUCCAUACACGAGGGUUGUGAGGGUGUACAUGCGAAGGGUCCUGCUAUGGCCAAGAAGAUUCUCCGGGCUGGUUAUUAUUGGACGACAAUGGAGGUUGAUUGCUACAAUUUUGUGAAAAGAUGCCAUAAGUGCCAGAUAUAUGGUGAUAAGAUCUUUAUGCCACCAACUCCGUUGAAUGUUCUAACUUCUCCAUGGCCCUUUUCUAUGUGGGGCAUCGAUAUGAUUGGGAGGAUAGAGCCCAAAGCCUCCAAUGGACAUCGAUUCAUCCUAGUCGCUAUUGAUUACUUCACGAAAUGGGUCGAACCUGCUUCAUAUGCUAAUGUAACCCGACAAGUGGUUACCCGAUUUAUCAAGAAAGAGAUAAUCUGCCGCUAUGGGAUGCCUAGAAAGAUCAUCACUGACAAUGCCAGUAACUCAAUAACACUAUGA